UGACUCUUCUAGAAUCUGGAAUCAAGACUUAACUAAUUACGUUGGUACAUGGAGAAAGUCUUAAGUCAAAACUCAAGAACUUCAAUACACGGAUAUACGUUGUUGAUUAUAUUGGAAUAAAAGGAAAGCCAUGGGUUACAAGAAAGACGGUCUUAUAAAAGAUCUAUGGCCAAAUAUUCGAUUAAUACAAAUGUCGGGUCUAUUCAUAUCCGAGUACUAUGAUGAUUAUUCUGGAUUGGCUGUGUUGUUCCGAAAGAUUUACAGUUGGAUCACCACAAUAAUAAUUUAUUCACAGUUCAUAUUUAUCGUGAUUUUUAUGGUCACUAAAUCCAAUGAUUCAGAUCAGCUGGCUGCUGGCGUGGUAACUACAUUGUUUUUCACCCAUUCGAUGAUCAAAUUCAUGUAUUUCAGCACGGGUACCAAGUCGUUCUAUAGAACUCUAAGUUGUUGGAACAAUACUUCUCCUCAUCCUUUAUUUACAGAAUCUCAUUCAAGAUUCCAUGCAAAGUCGUUAUCUCGAAUGCGACAACUGUUGAUUAUUGUGUCAAUAGUUACAAUUUUCACAACAAUCAGCUGGACAACUAUUACUUUCUUUGGUGAAAGUGUAUGGAAGGUUCCUAAUCCUGAAACAUUUAAUCAAACAAUGUAUAUUCCAGUACCCCGUUUGAUGUUACAUUCAUGGUAUCCUUGGGAUGCGAGUCGUGGAUUAGGUUAUAUUGUGGCUUUUGUAUUACAGUUUUAUUGGAUAUUCAUAACACUCAGUCACUCAAACUUAUUGGAACUUUUAUUCUCAUCAUUUCUGGUGCAUGCAUGUGAACAACUUCAACAUUUAAAAGAGAUUUUGAAUCCAUUGAUCGAAUUAAGUGCUACUCUCGAUUCAGCAGUUCAUAAUCCUGCCGAAAUCUUUCGUGCGAAUUCGGCUAAAAAUCAACCAAUCAAUGGCGUCGAUUACAAUGGGUCCUACGUGAAUGAGAUAACUGAGUAUGGAACAAAAGGAGAUACUGAACCAAAUAGAAAAGGACCAAAUAACUUAACUAGCAAUCAAGAAGUACUUGUUCGAUCAGCAAUUAAAUACUGGGUAGAGCGACACAAACAUGUUGUCAAAUACGUGAGUUUAAUUACUGAAUGCUAUGGUUCGGCCCUUCUGUUUCAUAUGUUAGUGAGCACCGUCAUCCUCACUAUUCUCGCAUAUCAAGCAACCAAGAUCAACGGAGUUAAUGUGUUUGCAUUUUCUACCAUCGGAUAUUUGAUGUAUUCGUUCGCACAAAUAUUUAUGUUUUGUAUACAUGGAAACGAACUUAUUGAAGAAAGUUCAUCUGUAAUGGAAGCGGCUUACGGUUGCCAGUGGUACGAUGGAUCUGAAGAAGCUAAAACAUUUGUACAAAUAGUGUGCCAACAGUGUCAAAAGCCUUUGAUUGUGUCUGGGGCGAAAUUUUUCAAUGUUUCAUUGGAUUUAUUCGCAUCAGUUCUAGGUGCUGUAGUAACAUACUUUAUGGUUUUGGUGCAGCUUAAAUAAAACUGUCCAAUAAAAAAAAAUACUAUUAUACAGGGAGAUUCAUCGAGCACGCUCAGUGGUAUUGCUCACCUACUAUUUAUAAUUAAUAAUAUUGUAUUUUUUUCAAAAUUUGAUUUUUGGAAUAUUUAGUAUACAUUUAUGACUUUAUUUUCAAAUAUUUCGAUGUUUAAAUUAUUUAAAAAAUACCUAUCCUGUGGUGAUGAAAUAUUUUAAAACGAGAAUCAACUUUUAUAUUGUUAUUUGUUAAUUUUUAAUUAAAUGAUUUUUUGAAAAAGUUGGAGUACUUAAAUUGAUUUUUGGACAUAUAGUUUUAGAACUAUUAAAUUUAAUGUAUCGAAGAUAAUCGUGCUUAAUAAUGGCUUUUUGUAAAAUAUUUAUAAUACUUAGCUUAGUAUUCAUUAUAUAUUUUAUUAGACAUUUUUACAGAUUAACAACUUUAUAGAUUAAUAUUAAUAAAUUACUAUUACUUAAAUAAUCAUAGCUCAUAUCUUAUUUUAAACCUAUUAUCAUGGACGAUCAUCCUUAUAUUGUCAUUAAAGUUUAAUAAUAAUUCAGAAACUGAUUUGAAAAAAAUAUCCUUAAAAAUGCACAGUAGAAAAUUAUGUUCUUUAUUUAAAAAAAAAAGUUUGCAUCGCUACAGGGUACUCUUCAAAUUGUAUUGAAUGUAAGUAUUUAAAAAUAUAGUCUUCAAGUAUACUUAAAAUAUCCAAUUAUCAUUAUUUGUAUAAAUAUAUUAUUAUAAAAAAAUAUGGGAAUGAGUAGGCUUGGUGAAUCACCCAUCACCCUGUAUAGUUGUUAGUUAUAUUUGUACUUGUAUUAUUAUUAAAAGUAUAAAACUCGUCUUUAUAAUGUUACCAAUUUAUUAUAGAAAUAAAUUUACUAUUUUAUUUUAUUAGUAUCUACCUAUUAUAAUUUUAAGUAGUAAAUUAUAUUAUAUAAAUGUAUGCCAUAACUCAUAACAUCCAAAUUUUGAAGAAAUGUAAUUUAUAUAUACUUAGGUAUAUAAUCAAAUACUCAUAAAAACGGUGGUAGAUUGUAUAAUAAUUAAAUGUAUUAUUAUUCUGAAGUUAUCAUAAGUAUUUGUUGUAUAACUUUAAAAAUCGAGAAUAUACCUAAACGUUGUUAACAACUAACGUACCUAUUGAUGUUUCGAUAUAUUUUGUUAUAAUAUUAUAAUCAUAUAUAUCAAACAUUUUUUAAAUUAUUUAGUUUCUA